CCAGGCGGCUGUUUAUUACACCUUCAUUACAGCACGGACCCUGACAGCGCCAGGCUCUAGUAAUAGCCUGCAGGUGCCGCAUCGCAGUAGAAAUAGGAAGAAGGAAAGGUUUUCUGAAGCGAGGGGACAUAUCUCAGCGGCAUAUAGGAGCCAGAACAUCCUCCUGGGCUGUAAGAGGCAGGGAAACGCCACAAUAACCAACCAAAGGGUGCCAGAGGGUAGAGAGGAGCGACGAAGGCAAUCCACAUCCAUCUGCCAGCCACUUAGCACGCGCUAACAUUUCCAGUCCGGAUUUCAGCACAGCUGUCUAGCCAAUACAACCAGGAAAAUGUCUGCCCCAGCUGGAGCCCCUGCACCAGAGGGAGGGAGUCAACAACCUCCCAACCUCACCAGCAACCGUCGUCUGCAGCAGACACAGGCACAAGUGGAUGAGGUGGUGGAUAUCAUGCGUGUAAACGUGGAUAAGGUUCUGGAGCGUGAUCAGAAGCUGUCAGAACUGGACGACAGGGCUGAUGCCCUGCAGGCUGGAGCCUCUCAGUUUGAGACCAGCGCUGCAAAACUGAAGAAUAAAUACUGGUGGAAGAAUGCCAAGAUGAUGAUUAUCCUGGGUGUGAUAUGUGUGAUUGUUCUCAUCGUCAUUAUUGUGUACUUCAGCACCUAAGAAGAGUCGCUCCUACCCCAGUCUAAGCCCAACUUCCUUGCUACAGAAAAAAACCCUCAAAUUGAUGACAAAAUUAAUCAUGAGAAAGUAAUUUGUUCUAUAUCUCUCCCUGAUUAGCCUCGAUAUAACACCCCUAAACCCUUCAGGGCCCCAUGGCUCCCCCACUUCCACCACCUGGCCUCUGGAUCCCCCUGUCGAUAUGUGUCCUGUGAGUGUGUGGCUCCGUCUCCUUUCUGGGUCCUCUUGGCUUUUCUAACCUGCCAUGACGAGAACCAAACACUUGUGACGAUGCAACAACAGAAAAGGAAACAACGAUUGGCGAUAAUUGUUACAUAACUGAUAUAUAUAGUUCUUUGUAGAGUUUUAUUCUGAUAUAUAUACUGUUUUGUAGGUGUGUGUGCGUGUGUGUAUGCAUUUUGUAUUUUUUAAUUUUUGUAUUAAUUUUACGUAUGCUUCAGCGUUAAAUACUGCCUAUUAAUCAAAGUGUGUAUCUUGCAUGUUAUCAUCAUCUGUCUGUCCCUUGCUUACUCUAUUUUUGGUGUAUUUUUGCACAUUGGAGUUGACUCCAUUCAGUCAAGGAAAUACCCAAUGAUAAUCAUCUCUGCCAUUUCAGACAGCCCAAAAUAAGCCUGAGAACUCAGACUUGGAUUAUGAAAAGACAUCAUCAAGUUACAAAAAUUCAAGCAACUAUAUCAACAAAACUGCCCAUUAAAGUACUUGUAACUUGAGCUCCAGAUUUCUGUAACCUGAUGGCAUCAAAUCCAAGUUUUGGUUUCAUGUUUUGGCCUUCUGGGAGUCACAGAUCAAACAAAAAUAAUGCAUGAAUCGUUGAACUAAUCCCUAAAAAUGAUCAUUCACAAACAUUUCCAUCUGACCCCCCCAAUCAUCUAAGUGUUAUUUCUCUUCCUUCAUCUCUCCUUCACUAACUUUCAUCUGUCUUUAACUUCCAAUCCCUCUUCUGUCUUUCAGCAUGCUUGAACACCUCAAUUUCUUCUGAUAAUUUCAAUACUGCCAUAGUACAGUUGGACCAAUGUCUGUAGAUGUUUCUUUUUUAUUUCUAUAUUACGUAGUGUCUUAUUUCGAAAACAUUCCUUCAUUGCAGUCUAGUGCAAAUGGUCUUACCGUAGCACAUGUAAGUGUAAGUAUCUUUAAGAAGAAAAAAUAUACAUCAAUGAAACUUGUGUAGAAAACGUUGACUCAUGCAAACCAUAGGAAAAAAUAGUUCUAGUAAAUAGCUGUAAGGGUAAGUUUUGGAUAGACAGGAUUAAACUCAAUCUGUCCAAAUUGUUUUAUUUUUUUAAUAUUAACAAUGUUAUCCUACACUUACAGUAAACAGAUGUCAUGUUCAUCAAGCUGUGGAUACAGGCUUGUAAAAAUGAAGAUUAAAUGGGGCCGGUGCAUAUGCUGACAGUUGAUUAGUUCUCAUUGGCCCAUGAACUACAUGGACACGUAAAAGCCUUAGUCUCCAGUCACUUCUGUUAGUUACUACAGAACAUUUCCAGUCAGAAACUCCCUAACACUUGAAGCUUGUGUCAGCGGAGUGGCUGACUGCUGGGAAAAAAAAGGAAUCUGUUUUAAAUGCACAAACAAACCUUGUUUUUGAUGGCGCUGUAUUGCGGGUCAAUAGCCUGGCCUGAAGAAGAUCCUCAUGCAGCAAAACCUCUCCACAUGAAGAGCACAUAAAGAAAAAAAGAGACAAAUUAGCCUUAUUGCAAAUCCCCAAACAGGGAGAGAGGCUAAUGAACAUGAUUAAUUCACAGUUGAGUUUGGGGUAGGUUCAGAUAUUUAGCAUGAAAUCAUAAAAUAAUUUAUUCAGUAGCACUCUGAAGACGAGUGUUUUGCUAGCGCAGUGGUUCUGUCUCAGUGUUUCUCCCUAUAGUUAAGGCCUUUUUUCUUUUUUAAAUAUAAUAGAUUAUAUUUUUUAUUAUAGUAUAUUUUUGUGUGAAUCGGACAGGUAAAGAGGAGGUGUGCGAUCAGUACGAUGAACCUCUUUACCUCUGUCUGCUGUGUUUUUUGUAAUCCAGCUCUGUGCGUUAUACACUGCCAAGCAACAAGGGAGAGGCUUCGGUCCUUAUUGUUACUGUUUCUUUCAUCGGUGCGCUCGCUGGUCUGGUCUUUCUGGCAUCUACUCCUGUGUAUUUUACCUUUUGUGGCUACAUUAUGAGCAGGAGAUGCCCUUGCUUUCUAAUGCUCUGAAUAGUUAAGGCCUUGUGCGCAUGAAUUUAACAUAAAACCUCAAAUUCUUAAAACUAAAUGGUAUUUCAAGGGGAAUUUUAUUCCUGAUUUUCUGGAUUUUAGCCAGUAAAUCUGAGCCCUCAAUUCUUUAGGGUUCGGUAAUUCAAACAAACAUGGCUCUAUGGAGAUCAUUUGAGGGCCUGCCUGUAUAGAUGUGUAACAGAAAGUAUCUUGCUUGCAAAUGCCAUUAUUCACAGUCUUUAAAUGUAAAAAAUGUCUUUCAGACCUGAGAGUAGCCUACAGUUACUAGGAAGAUAUAAAGAGCUGAAACCACCUUCAAUGUUACAGAGUGUGUAAAGCCUUCGUAGCCUUGUCUCUUUCCAACAUGACUUUUUAUCUUCCCCACCAGCUGAGACGACCAGCCUGCCCCCCUUUGCUAAACUUGCUGAAUCUGAAUCCUACGGUGCAUAACUGUGUGUUCAAGUGCAUCAAUGUGUGUGCAUGCAUGUGUUAGAAUAGCUCUGUCUCGGGGAAUAUCCCCAGUUUAUCCCGACAGAUUAGGCCGCUUAAAUCUCCGAGUGAGUGAGGGCACGUUGUUUCCUUGACCACUGAAGUACACAAGCAGAGAGGCUACAGAUCUGCCGGCUAGUUCUAUAAAGAAGGACCCAAAACUUUAGAGACCCACUCUUCCCACGUCUCCCUUCAAAUAGAAACAAUUUAAUUGCAAAGAUUACCAAAGACCAGAUUCCCACGCUUAUGCUGCCAAUUGCCAUCAAAAACAAGAGGAGAGAAACAGGUUGUCCAAACUGUUUAAAAUAGCUCAUACCCACAAUAACAGGACCUUUGUGUCAGUUUGGCUUUAGUGUGUGCCAUUCUAACAUGUGCAAAUUAGACCAAAACGUAAGGAUUGCAUGCUCCAAAUCUCAAAUAGUCUCCCCCGUUGUCAUGUGUUUCCAGGUUUGAAGAGCUUCUUUAAUCAGUAAAAGUUUUCAGACACAUGAUCCUGUAACUAAUAAUAGCACAACUCUUCUUUUUCUGUGUCUCCAUAGAGCUGCCAAGUUCUUGAAUUUAAAGACAUAAAAUAGGUAUAGUUACCAAACAUAAACCAAGAACAACUGUAUAAAAACCUGCAUUGUUUGGUGUUAUAUUAUGGGGGUGUUUUGGGGUUAGGGGUUCCUAUAUCCUCAGGUUUAAGGCAUUGGCAUUUUACCAAAAGAUAGAUGAGGACAUUAAAAAAGUUUAAAAAAAAAUGAUGGAAAUAGAAAAUUAUUCUAGGGUUACAAAAGUGGUCCUUUUAGCCAUCCUGCAGGAGUAAACCACACAGUGGACUUUAGUGAAAUAACACUACUGAUUGGGGUAGGACUUCUGUGUUAUAAAGGCAUAAAUCCAACUGUUUUGAGUGCUCAACCAAUCUGAUCACAUUUUUGAAAAUUAAGUGAGUGCUCUCUCUUUCUGUUGCUUUAUUGUCUGUAUGAAAUGAAGUGCGCAUUUAUUUUAACAUCAUGGCACUUUUUCUGUUGUGAUUUGUUCUUUUUUUUCAGUGGGAUGGGAACAUGAUUCAGAGGAGAAUAUUGUCUUAUGUCAACCUUGAGAGUUGUUCACAGAUCUCAGUUUAACGCUGCAUUCGAGUUCAUUUGGGGACGAUUAAAAAGAGUACAAGUUGACAAUGUGAGUGCUGUUCCAAGUUUGAAUUGUAAACCUGUAAUCAAAACUUGGAUGAAAAGAGCAGAAAGAUAGAAAAACAGAUAAAAGUUGAUGUAAGGGUAAUGUAAUAUGUACAGAGUUUUCAGCUUUUAUUGUCACCCUGAAAUGGGCUGAAUGCAGCAAAAGGAGGGAACCUUUUGAGUCUCUGGACAUUCACUGGAUGGUCAUAAAUGCACAAUAUUUUGCUCUAUGUAUAUUUUAUUUUCUAACCAAAUAUUGUGUUUUUAUUUUGCAUUGAUUUAGUAAUAACUCCAGAUGUCACUGAAUUGUCUGUGUGUAAGCACUGAUGGGAAAAAGGUAAAGAAAAGGGGAAAUUAAUGGGAGAAAAUGAGAAUUUUUACCUUCAGUUGUCCAGAAUGCUUAGAAUGAUUAUACAGUUUACAUCAGAUCGCUGUUUGUAUCUACCAGAUCUAUUUUUUUGUUUAAAUCUGUUUAUUUUUGAGGAAAGAUUUUAAUUUCUCUUUGGGGCAAGGGUUUCUUGGAUGAAGGCCCACAUUGCCCCUGGUCGUCUGGCCUUUCAGGAGGGACAGGGCUGGAGGAUCAUAGGCAAUGUGCUCAGUUUUAUUUACUCCUUUUCUUUCCUGUUGCUUUUAUUUUGAUAGUUUUAUUGUGCUGUCAUUUGGUAUGGGAUAAGAAACUAAGCAAGGUUGACUCAACGUAAUGGAGAGGAGACUGAAUGAAAAACUAAAGUACAUAAAAUAAUUGUAGUGUAAAUCUAUCAAUGUCUUAUUAUAUUGAUGAACAUCAUGAAAUAUAUGUAUAUUGGAAAAACAGUACCUGUGACAACUUGUACUUUUGUGUGUGCUUCAUGUGCUUUGUGGGUGUGCAACAAUGGGCAGAUGCAAUUUUGACUGCAACUUUGGGACCUUAUCUGACCUGUAUGAAAACAUAUAAAUUUAUUAUCAAUAUAAAGAUAGCGCUCUUUAUUUAACUGAUCCUAAUGGCAUGCAAGUGUGUUUCAAAAAUACAUGGAGAACUGGAGCCAUAA